AUGGGUUUCGGUGAUUAUCCCAAGGAAUACAAUCCAGCAGUCCACGGGCCAUACGAUCCGGCCCGUUAUUAUGGAAAACCUGAUACUCCAUUCGGACAGGUUAAGUUAAGUGAGAUUGGAUCAUGGUUCGCACGUAGAAACAAAAGCCCUUCAGCUGUAAUGGGAGCUUGCAGCCGAGCCUGGUGGCGCUGGCAGCAUAAGUAUGUGCAGCCCAAGAAGGUUGGCAUGGCCCCAUUCUUCCAAUUGCUGGUCGGAUCGAUGACUUUCUUCUAUGUUAUUAACUACGGAAGAAUGAGUAUGUAUUUUAUCCACAACUUGUUAAUAAGUCCCACAGGAACUACAAAUACCACUAAAGACGCCCAACUUUACUUCAUGCAAUACUUAUAUAUGGAAAUUGUAACAUCUUUGCAUGAACCACUAUAG